AUGGGAAAGGCCGCUAAAGUCAUUCGUGUCGGCUUGGAUGCGCCGCACCAGCCCGAUGUAGGCAGCAAGAGCAGCUACAGCUUCGUGGAUCAAUCCAAAAGUAAAGUAAAGAUUAAACUUCAGCGCUUGACGGAAGAUAGUAUUAUCUUUGAUCUUAUCGGCAUCGACGCUGCUAUCGCCAAUGCCCUGCGUCGUAUUUUAUUGGCCGAGGUUCCCACUAUGGCCAUCGAGCAUGUGUACAUCUGGAACAACUCGUCUAUUAUCCAGGAUGAGGUGCUCGCCCACCGACUUGGCCUCGUACCUCUCAAUGUGGAUCCGCGUGAGUUCCAGGGAUUUUCAGACAAUGAAGAGGCCGAGGCUACGGACGAAAACACUAUCGUCUUUAAGCUCGACGUAACGUGCAAGUUCGACCCUGAACAUCCAAAAGAUCCAACCAAGGCAAUUUUCUCUUCUGUAUACUCGCGCGAUCUCGAGUGGGUGCCGCAAGGAAACCAGGAGGAGCGAUUUGGCUUGAUUCGACCCGUACAUGAUGAUAUUCUGAUUGCAAAAUUGAGACCUGGUCAGAGCUUAGCACUGGAGGCACACUGUCGCAAAGGCAUUGGAAAGGAUCAUGCUAAAUUUUCGCCCGUUGCCACUGCGUCAUAUCGGUUGAUGCCGAAGGUGGAGCUAUCAGAGAAAAUUGAGGGCGCGGACGCUGUGAGCUUGAUGGAAAAUUGUCCGGUAAAUUUGUUCGACAUUGAAGAUGUGGGAGGCGUUCAAAGUAUUGUUGUGAAAGAUCAACGCGCCUGCACAAUGUGCCGAAACUGUAUUCGUGAGCCUGGCUGGGACAAAAAGAUUCGCUUAGGACGUCAAGCUGACCACUUUAUCUUUAGUAUCGAGUCUGUUGGAAUGAUCAAGCCAGAGGAGCUUCUGCUAGAGGCCCUAAACGUGCUCGUAAACAAAUGCAACAUUGCACUAGAUUCGUUUACACAGGUUGAUGAGGAUGAAGAAGUUGAGGAAGAUCAGGAAGAGGAGAUCAAUAUACUCACAAGCUAG